GGGAUGUUCCGGUCCGCUUUAGCCUGCCUUGCUACACACAGCCUGCAUGGGACAGCCUGCAGACCCGAGAAGUGGCGUAGUAGCAGUAGCUGCCUCGCGGCUAUGUUUUCCGGCCCUGCCCGCUGAGUGCCCAGUCUGCCAGAGCUGAGAAGAGGGCGAGAUGAUGGGACAGACACUGGAGGAUGGCGUUGCCACCGAGGAGCUGGAAUGCAAGAUCUGCUACUGCCCCUACAGCCUCACCAGCCGCCGGCCCAAGGUGCUCGAGUGUUGCCAUCGGCUGUGCGCUAAGUGCCUGGCCAAAAUCCUGGACUUGGGAGAGUCGCCACCAAAUGCGGUAGUGUGCCCAUUCUGCCGGUACAUCACCGGUUUGCCAGGGGAAGCAGUGGGCAGCCUCCCCGAUGACUGCAACUUGGUGGCGGCACUGUCUCUCCAAGUGCGCAACCACAGAAAUCUUCACGAGGGCCCUGGAGAGAUCCUCCUCAGUCCCAGGCACCUGAGCUCUCUGGUGGGCCCAUCUGCCACAGCCUCCCCCUCUUCUUUGCGCAGCUCCAACUAUGUGGUCAUCACCAUCAUGGAGUCCCCGCCGGAGUCCAAUGACCCUCACACUGGGCCCCUGGCAGCACGCGGCAGGGACUACCGCUCCUCUAGCUUGGAUUCCAUGGCUUCUAUCACACAGCGGUGGACAGUAUGGAACUGUGCAGCCCUGCUGUGCCAGACGUCGGCCCGGGCCCUUGUGUGGCUCCUGGGGCUGUUGUACUUCAGCUCUCUUCCGAUGGGCGUCUACUUGCUCAUAAUGCAGAAAACCACCUUGGGCGUGCUGCUGGUCAGCUUGGUGCCCGCUAGCCUGCUCAUGAUCAUGGCAUAUGGGCUCUGCCAGUGCCUUUGCCACGAAUUCUGGGACUGCGUGCCACCCUAACAACCAAAGGGAAACCUUUCACAUCAGCAGCCUGACUUUAGUGACGUGUUGCUCCAGAGUGAUUAGAGAAAAA